UAUUCACGUACUCUCUCUCUCUUUCCACUAGACUCGCUGAUGUAAAAUUUGUCUCUGAACAGUUCAAAAUUUUCCAUCUCUCUCUCAGCAUUUCAAAUCACCAUUUCGAUUCCCCAAACAGCAUCCUUUUUCGACUUUUGAUUUAAAACUCAGAGAUUAGCCAAGAAUCUGUUUUCUUCGCUGAAAAUUUCAUUGCCAAAUUUUCUUGGAUAUUCUCGCCUCCCCAUUUUUAAGAUUCCUUGCUGGGUUCGAGUCUUUGCAUCAUAGCGUUAAAAGCUUUUAAAUUUCUCUUUUCUUUAUCGUGGAUGAGAUCAUGAACAAGAUGAUCAACAAUCAUUUCUCGUUUCCAUAUUGAGUGAGGAUGUCAAGAUUGUUCAUUUGGACCUUUCGUUUUUUUCUCUCUGGAGCUUGAUUAGGGUUUAUUUUGGGUGACAUUGUGGGAUAUAAAUAAAUUAAGUGUUAUGGGUGCAAAAGAAGGUCAAAAUGCUAGUGAUUCUACUAAAGUAGAGGUGGGAGAGAUUGACACUAGUGCACCAUUUCAAUCUGUUAAAGAUGCCGUCACACGCUUUGGUGAAGGUGCUUUCUCAGGGGAAAAACCAGCAAUCAAGAAGGCAAAACCUCAUUAUGCAGAGAUUGUUUUGGCCAAGGAGACACGGCUCCACCUGGCCCAGAAGGAGCUGAACAAGUUAAAGGAUCAACUGAAGAAUGCCGAGACAACUAAGGCCCAAGCACUUGUUGAACUUGAAAAAGCUAGAAGAACAGUCGAGGAUCUGACCCAAAAACUCAGAAAAAUCAAUGAAUCUAAAGAUUCAGCAAUUAAGGCAACAGAAACUGCUAAAAAUCAGGCAAAGGAAAUUGAAGAAGUGAAGAGCGGUGAUGCUUCUGGAUCUGAUGGUGCUAGGAAGCAGGACUUGGAGUCUGCCAGGGAACAGUAUAUGGCUGUAUUUAUUGAUCUUGAUGCUGCAAAGCAAGAACUACGACAAAUUCGACAGGGAUGUGAUGCGUCCUUGGAAGCAAAGCUUGCUGCCGUAAACCAAGCUGCAGAAGCAGAACAUGCAGUCAAAGCGAAUGUGGAAAAAGUUAGUGAGCUUUCUAAGGAAAUCUCAGCUCUUCAGGAAUCAAUUGGGCAAGUGAAGUUAGCAUCUCUGCAAGCCCAGCAAGAGCAAGCAAAAAUAUUUGCUGAGAAGGAUGUUCUGAGGCAGUCCUAUAAAGCUACCCUUGAAGCAUCAGCAAAUAAAGUUAUUGCAUUGAAGAGUGAGUUUGAUCCUGAACUUGCCUGGAAUCUUGAAAAGCAACUGGCUGAAACAAUGAAUGAGAUUGAUACUCUGCAAAAGCAGAUGGAAAAUGCCAAGACUUCAGAUCUGGAUUCAGUGAAAACUGUCACUUCAGAGCUCGAUGGUGCUAAGGAAUCAUUGCAGAAAAUAGCUGAAGAGGAGAUCUCCUUGCAUAGUUUGGUGGAAUCUCUUAAGCUGGAACUUGAGAAUGUGAAGAAGCAGCAUUCUGAAUUGAAGGAGAAAGAGGCAGAAACAGAGUCCAUUGCUGGGAACCUGCAUGUCAAGCUCCGCAAAAGCAAGGCUGAACUUGAAGCAGCCAUUACUGAGGAAUCUAAAGCAAGAGGUACUUCUGAAGAAAUGUUCUCAACUCUCCACCAGCUAUCAUCAGAAGCAGAGAAUGCACGACAAGAAGCUGAAGAAAUGAAGUGCAAGGCAGAGGAAUUGAAGAAGGUAGCUGAAGCAACUAGGAUCAAACUUGAAGAAGCAGAGAAAAAAUUGAGGAUUGCUCUGGAAGAAGUUGAGGAAGCAAAAACAGCAGAGACAAGGGCGCUUGAUCAGAUCAAGGUGUUGUCUGAAAAAACUAAUGCUGCUCGUGCUUCAACGUCAGAGUCUGGUGCCAAUAUCACAAUCUCAAGAGAAGAGUAUGAGGCUUUGAGCCGGAAAGUUGAGGAGUCCGACACAUUGGCAGAAAUGAAAGUUGCCGCUGCCAUGGCUCAGGUAGAAGCUGUAAAGGCUAGUGAAAAUGAGGCUCUCAAGAGGUUUGAGACAAUGCAGAAGGAGAUUGAGGAUAUGAAGGUUGCAACUGAGGCUGCUUUGAAGAGGGCAGAGAUGGCUGAAGCAGCCAAGAGGGCAGUUGAGGGAGAACUUAGAAGAUGGCGUGAACGGGAGCAAAAGAAGGCAGCUGAAACUGCAUCAAGGAUUCUAGCAGAGACAGAGAGAUCAUUGGAAUCAUCUCCUCGCCAUUAUAGGAUUCAAAAGCAGAACCCAGCACCACAGACAUACGUUGAGGUCCGGCAGUUGGAGAAAGAGAAGACUUCUGUUUCCAAGAAAGUACUAUUACCCAGUCUCAGUGGCAUCUUCCAGCGAAAGAAGAACCAAAUUGAAGGUGGAUCUCCUUCUUAUCUGCCUGGUGAGGAGCCUGUCUGACAUGUGGCGUUUGCAAAGACCAUCAAGUGAUAAUGGUUGAGAGGCAUUGUUUAUGAGUUGAUUGUGUGUACAAAUAUUUGAAACUAGUGGACUCAAAUUCUUAAAACUAUUCUCUGUUUAAGGAAGAAAGAGUGAAUAUCAAAAUAUUAGCAUGGAAAGCAAGUUUAGGGAAGUGUGGAUUUUGUAUAGAGACUAUCUGUUAGAUUAAUGAGUUCUUCCUUUGAAGGGUUUUUCCUUAAAUUAAUGGUUGAGGAUUGCUGUAGAUAUGAGUGUACCUUUUAUGGUUUUCCUUAAAUUGAUGGAAGCCUAAAAAGAAGAAAAAGCACUUCAAUUUGGGCUCUUGAAAGAUUGGUGA